AUGUCUGCAGAAGCAGAAGACGUCGAAAAGCAGCCCUUGCUAGCCGAGGAGAAACAGGCCAAGGAAGAUGAGAUCCAGGAGGAAGUGGAUGACUCAAUGUCCUACGAUGCGCGGAAGCUGAUCACCUUUGACGUGCUGCGCGCAGCCACGGGGACGAUCUGGGUGAAGGGAUCUUUGUGGAAGAUGAUGGGUAUGCUGCUGCUCGUUUCCGUGGUCACGGCCGUCGGGGUGUUUGUCUUGGUUGGCCAGCCGGAAAAGCUGGAAACCUCCAAGUACAACAAGCUCACCACAUUCCUGAAGGCUAUCGUGGGUUUGCUUCUUGGUUUCUUCCUCUCUUCAUCGGUGAAUCGCUGGCGGCCCGGCACGGAAUAG